CAGACAGAGCAGCCAGAGUGCAAAAUGAUCAAACCGUUCGUCUGCAUACUGAUCGUGGCCAGCUGCGCCAACGCCUUCAUGUACAAACACCCGUACAACCACCAUCCGGCGGCGGUGCUGGCCCACGAGCCGGUCGUACCGGUGGAGUUUGUAAAGCACACCACCAGCCCCGCCUUCCGGCCCGCCUCCUUCCUCGAGGUGAUGGAGAUCGUGCUGGACUGCUUCAACACGCUGCGCAUCCCGCUGCAGCGGUUCCCCUCCUACCUGUCCGGCAUCUUCCCGGAGGAUCCGGAAACGAAGUGCUUCCUGCGCUGCGUCGCCAUCAAGCUGGGCGUGUACUGCGACGAGAAGGGUGCCGAUCUUGACCGGCACUGCGUACAGUUCGGGCUGGGCGAAUGCUGCGAAAACUUCUCCAACCGCCAUCUGGUCUGCCUGCAGCAGAACUCCCUGCCCUGCCCGGAUCGGUGCACGGCCGCGUACAAGCAGGAGCUGUGCUUCCAGGAGCCGAUCGCCAAGUAUCUGGACUACCACUUCCACGAUCUGGUCGGACUGUUGCAUCAGGCCAAGUGCAGCCACGAUCUGAAAAUGCUGCAUCCUUAAAAAAGAAGCCCGUUCGUGUUGGUUGGGUGUAGUAGCCGUACUGUUCUUCUUUGCGUGUUUGUUUCCAUGUGCACGGAACGUUUGUUUCGAUGUGUGUCUGUGUGUUGUGCCCGAAGGGGUAAGGGUAUCAUCAGCAGCGCGUGGUAUGUGUUAGAGCACGAGCGCCGGCGAUGGUGCCUAAAAACGCAUAAAAACUAAUAAAAAAAAUCAA